AUGGCAUUUGCCUCUCUUGUUGAGGUGAAGCUAGCAGACCUUCGACGCUGCGACAAGGACGGCUGCAACAGGUGGUGGCACAAGACCGACUUCAAACUCAUCGGCCACGACUCGCACAACAUCUUCCUGAAGUGCCCCCAUUGCCGUGAAGCGAGAACCAACCCGACAAAAUACUGGCACGGCCCUCCGAGUGGACCAAGAGAGCCAGCGUACGACUACCCAGCGAAAAUGCCCCAAACACCGCUGAUGCCUUCAUUGCCAUCGAGCUCGCCUGGUGAUCGACGAUCAAGCACCAAGAGGCAGAUGUCCAGUGAAUCGACUGCAGCCACACCGACUCAGAACAAAAAGCCAAAACCGCAGCAGGCAACACCGGCUCCGACUCCAACGACAAGUGUCGCCAAAACAGCCAAAAUGGUACGCAAAGACAGCCUGGGAAGCACAGUGGCUCCAGCUACUGCGAAGGGCGAACUCAAUCUUGAGCUGCUGCAGUCGAGCACGAAGCGUCACUUCGAAGAGUGGAAAGCUUGCAAAGGUCGUCCGGCAACAUAUAUGCAGAAAGAGCUUGAGGACGCCCAAACCCACUUGAAGACAAUGCAGAACAGUACGCCAAAAAUCGAACGUACAGUUCGGGAAACCCAGCAAAAACAAGCUGCAGCUCAAGCUGGGUUGAAACGGUUUGAGCAGUUACAAGAGGAUAAUCUGAUAUCCGCACGCAAGGCGGGAGCCCAUGAAGGAAUUCACAAGCCCAUCAUGGACACGUGGCUUAUGCAAUCGAAGAAGCACGUUCAGCUGGCAUGGGAAGAGAACAACCGUUGCUCAAAGGCAUGGCAAACCGCCAUGAGCGACAGAGCAGAGGCUCGAAGGAUUGAGACAGAGCAGAAGCAGAAGAUUGAAAACAUCUUGGAGGAAAGAAAGCAGUUGGAGAAUUUCGGCGUGUAUGUGUCUGCAUUGCCUGCUGAAAGCAAUGGCGCCUGA